AUGAGCUGGGCCGAGCUCAGCUCACCCCAUCAUCCUGUGCGCAGCGGGGUUUUGUGUUGGGAUAUGAGCUGGGCCGAGCUCAGCUCACCCCAUCAUCCUGUGCGCAAGCACGAGGAGCUCCUGUGUUUUCACGAGAAGCUGGGGUACGACCUCUACAAAAUCGAGGUGCUGCAGGGUGUUUUUGAGAAUUCUCAAAAGCUCCUGUGUGCCUCUGCCCUGCGUGCGCUGCCGGCUCACGAGUUUUGUCAGAGGAGCUUUGUGUUGGGAUAUGGCAAGCACGAGGGGCUAGGGCGCCUCUGCCCUGCGUGCGCUGCCGGCUCACGAGUUUGUCAGAGGAGCUUUGUGUUGGGCUAUGGCAAGCACGAGGGCUUAGGCAACAACCUGUAUAAGAUCCUCACGGCUCCGGCUCUUGCUCUCAUGCUCAACCGCUCCAUUAUCGUGGGCGAGAACUA